GAUGAGGAAGAGGAUGACGAGGAGUAUGAGGAGGGAGAUGAGGAGGAAGAGGAGGAGGAGGGAGAGGAAGCUGCAGAGGCCCAGAAGGAAGAGGACGAAGGCGGGGAGGUGGCAGCAGGCGAGGAAGGUGACGAUGACAACGAGGACUACACUGAUCUGUCCAAGGGGACCUUCUUCUGCGCCGAUGUCAAGGCAAAUGGGCUUCCUGUCGGGCCAGGAGUCCCCACAGAGGAAGAGCUGUUUGCUGGCCUGAACUGCCAGCCAGGAUUUGUGUGCUCCCGCUCAGAGCUGUCGCAGGAUCUUCGCACGCUGCUGCAGUCCGGCCUGUUUGCCAAUGUGGACGCACGUGUGCAGCAUAAGGGCAAGGGCAAGUACACCCUCGAAUUCACCUUCAGCGAGAACCUCUGGCAGCCCAUCAAGAGCUUCAAGAAGGGCAGCCUGCUUAUCCCCACAGAGGAGGUGGCCAGGGUCAUGAAUGAGGUGGCCGUGCAGCCGGGCCCCACCGGCCUGCAGAAGCUGGCCGGCAUCAAAAACAUUGUGGAGGGCUGGUAUCAGAAGCGCGGGUUUGUGUUUGGAUACAUAUCCCACUACGAGGGCAUGGAGACAGGGGACAUAGUGGCCCGCGUGGUGGAGGGCCGCGUGAACAAGGUCAACGUGGUGCAGGUGGACGACGAGGGCAACACCAAGAAGGGCGCCGGCGAAGUGCAGCCAGAAAUCAUCCUGCGCGAACUUCCCUUCAAGCCUGGGCAGCUGUACAAUGCAGAGGAUGGGCGGAAGGCGCUGCGGGAUGUCUUUGCGCUGGGCCUCUUUGACAACGUCCAGAUCUUCCCCCGGCCCAACCCCAAAGACGAGGCAAAGGUGGAUGUGGACAUCAUGGUGAAGGAGCGCCCAAUGAAGUCAGCAGACCUGGAGGCGGAGUGGCAGAUUGCGCCAGGCAACAACGGCAAGCCCAUGCUGGCCUCCAUUGUUCCAGGCGGCAGCCUCACCUUUGAGCACCGCAACAUCGCCAGAAGGGGCCGUCAGGCAACAGCCAGCAUCACAGCGCAGAACUUCCUGGCUCCGGCAGAUGACCUCGGUUACAAGGUGGAGUACAGGCAUCCCUACUUCUUCAACUCCAAGGACCCCAAGAGGACAGCCCUCGCCGUGUCCAUAUUCAACGCGCGCAAGCUGUCUGGCGUCUUCACCCCUGGUGAGAUACUGGCGGAUGUGCCUCCGGUAUUCAUUGACAGAGCAGGCGCGAAGGUUGGCCUGAUUGAACAGCACUCGCGCAACAGCAAAGCCAGCCUGAGUGUGGUCAUGGAGCAGGUGACGGCGCGGGACGACUCCGGGCAGAUCUGCUCGCAUGCGACGCGGCAGCUGCCGACAGGGAUGCUGGCCGCAGAUGGGCCGCCCACGACGCUGUCCCCAACUGGGGUGGACCGCGUGGCCUUCCUGCAGGGCAACCUCACGCGCGACGCCACCUACUUUGUCAACGGCAGCCCCGUUGGCGCCCGCGACAUCUUUGUGGUGGAGCAAGGGCUGGGGGUAGGCAGCGGGAAGCCGUUCUUCAACAGGCACACGGUGUCGAUGACCCGGUUCCUGAAGCUGCGCGACCCGCCGGUCUCCUCCACUUCACCGCCACCCAUCCUGGUGCUGCAUGCCCGCGCAGGCAACGCCAUCGGUGACAUGGCCUCCUACGACUACUUCACCCUGGGCGGCCCCUUCUCGGUGCGUGGCUACAAUGUUGGUGAGCUGGCAGCAUGCAGAAGCUUCCUGGAAGGUGCAGUGGAGCUGCGCGUGCCCGUGCUGGGCAAGCACGUCUACGGCUUCUAUGAGUUUGGGACGGACCUGGGCUCCUCCAAGCUGGUCAAGGGCAACCCCACAGAGUACUACAGGCGAGCCGGCAGCGGAGCCAGCCUGGGUGGCGGCGUGAAGCUGGGCGCAGUGCGUCUGGAGUACGCGACAGAUGCCAACACCGGGCAGGGAAAUAUCUUUGUUCGUUUUGGAGAGCGCUUCUGA